AUGAUUGUACCACCUGGAGCCUUAUACAAAACCAUAAACUAUGGAAGAUUUACAAGACUUGUUGAUGGACCUCAUCAGUGCUCUGGAAGAGUCGAGCUGCUUCGUGGGAACACCUGGAUGUCAGUGUGUGAUGCUGUGUUUGAUGAUCAGGAUGCAGAGGUUGUGUGUAGAGAGCUGAACUGUGGGGUUCCUGUACAGCUGCUGGGUGCAGAUACUUUUGGUAAAGGAGAGGGGCAGGUGUGGACACAAGAGAUUCAAUGUAGAGGAAAUGAAUCACUCAUUCGAUCAUGUUCAUCAUCAAAUAUAACUCAAGUAACCUGCUCUCAUGACAAUGAUGUGGGACUCACAUGUUCUGGUUUCUAUGACCUCAGACUGGUGAACGGCUCUGAUAUCUGUUCUGGUCGAGUUGAGCGUCAGUAUUUCAGUAAAUGGGGCUCAGUGUGUGAUGAGUGCAUGAAUAUGAGAGCUGCCAAUGUUCUCUGUAGAGAGCUGAAUUGUGGGAUUGCUGUGUCUGUUGUGGGAGUGGACUGGUUUGGAGAGGGAUCUGGUGAAAUCUGGGCUGAUGUGUUUGAUUGUCAGGGGAAUGAAACAAAACUCUCAGAAUGUUCAAUCUCUUCAUGGAGUCGAGCUGAAUCCUCUCAUAAACAAGAUGUUGGAGUCAUUUGUUCUAAUUCCUCUCUGUCUCUUCAUGAUGGUCGAGUGAGGUUGUCUGGAGAGAGAGAGUGUGAGGGUGAGGUGGAAGUUUACAUUCAUCAGGUUUGGAGGAGAGUUCUGCUGGACUCCUGGAGUCUCACUGAAUCCUCUGUGGUCUGCAGACAGCUGGGCUGUGGCUCUGUGCUGAACUUCACUAACUCCUCUUCAUCCAGUGAUGAACACAGUUAUGAGUGUGUGAUGGGCUUCCAGUGCUCUGGGACUGAAGAUCAUCUGAGGAACUGCAGCUCUCCACAAACUCUCAACUGCAGCGCAACACAACAGCUGGCAAUCAUCUGCCAAAGUGAGGAUAAUUGACCAAAUUCAUAAUUUUUCAGUCAGCGGUCCAUCAGGUUGGUGGGUUCUGGUGGAGAUUGUGCAGGAAGGCUGGAGGUUUUUCACAAAGGCUCAUGGGGUACAGUGUGUGAUGACUUCUGGGAUAUUAAAGAUGCUCAUGUGGUGUGCAGACAGCUGCAGUGUGGAGUGGCUCUCAGUAAUCAGCCAGUACCAGCCUGGUUUGGUCCUGGUUCUGGACCCAUAUGGCUGGAUGAUGUAAACUGUGAGGGGAAUGAGACGUCACUGUGGAGCUGCUCUAGGGUCUGGGGAGAUCAUGACUGUAACCAUAAAGAGGAUGUAGGAGUUGUGUGCUCAGGUAAACAACUGAGUGGAGGGAAGGGUUUGUGUUCGGGGAGACUGGAGGUUUAUCAUAACUCUGUGUGGGGUUCAGUCUGUAAUGAUCUGUGGGACAUCAGAGAUGCUCAGGUGGUCUGCAGGCAGCUGGGUUGUGGAGCAGCAUUGAGUGUUGAUGGGAAUGAAGCGUUUGGUGCUGGUGAAGGUGUUGUGUGGAUGAACAGAGUCGAGUGCAGAGGGACUGAGAUUCACCUGUGGGACUGUCCUCAUGUCCUGAAAAAUCACACUGACUGCUCACACAAAGAACAAGUUAGACUCAUCUGUGCAGAUUUGUCUGUGACCACAACUGCUGCCACAACAACAUCAGCUUCCCCUUCAGUUUUUCACACAAAGAGAAGAGCAGUGCGGUGGACAACAGUGACUCCUCCACAAACUCCUCCAGCAGCAUCUCUCUUCAUUCCUCCAGUGGUUGUGAUUGUAUUGGGAGUUUUGCUCUUACUGCUCUUAGUUUUGCUCUUGCUGCUGUUACUGUCGCUGCUCAUUCUGAUCAAGAACAACCGCGUAAUGAAGAGAGGUACAGAGAUCCACACUUCAUAUACAGAUCUAUUUAAGAGAAGACACUGGGCUCAGACUGAAGCAGUUUAUGAAGAGAUUGAUCACAGACACACAAAUAGAGAAAGUCAAUUCACUCAGCGGGUAAGUCUCAUCUCUGAAGAACAGCAUUCUGGAUAUGAAGUUGCUGAUGGGCUUCUUUCAGAAGAGAUGGUGAAAAAAGUCUCAGCCGAAUACUAUGAUGAUGUCAUCACUGAUGGACUAAAAGACACACUUGAGCAGUAUGAUGAUGUCAUCACCACAGGACAAAACUCUGAUCUUCAUAAAGAGGGAGUUCAGGAGGUGUAUGACAAUGUGAAGAAUGAUGGUGAAGAUGUGACAAACGUCGUGGUAAUGACCAUUACUGCUGAUCUGAAUGUGAGGUUGGUGAAUGGUGGCAGUCAUUGUGCUGGUAGAGUUGAGGUUCUUCAUGAUGGUCAAUGGGGAACAGUGUGUGGUAAUGACUGGGAUCUGACAGAUGCUGCAGUGGUGUGUAAAGAGCUGGACUGUGGAGAGCCUCUAGUUAUUGUUCACUUUGGAGAAGGAUCAGGACCAAUCUGGAUGGAUAAUGUGCACUGUAAUGGAUCAGAGUCCUCACUGAAGAACUGUACAUCAAGUGGAUGGGGUGUUAAUAACUGUUAUCAUAGUCUUGAUAUUGGAGUCAUCUGCUCAAAUUUGAAUGUGAGGUUGGUGAAUGGUGGCAGUCGUUGUGCUGGUAGAGUUGAGGUUCUUCAUGAUGGUCAAUGGGGAACAGUGUGUGGUAAUGGUUGGGAUCUAACAGAUGCUGCGGUGGUGUGUAGAGAGCUGGACUGUGGAGAUCCUCUGGGUAUUUCUCACUUUGGAUCAGGAUCAGGACCAAUCUGGAUGGAUGAUGUGGACUGUAAUGGAUCAGAAUCCAGACUGAUAAACUGUAGAUCGAGAGAGUGGGGUGUUCAUGACUGCGAUCUUAAUACAAAUGCUGGAGUUAUUUGCUCAAAUUUAAGUGUAAGGUUGGUGAAUGCUGAAAGUCCUUGUGCUGGCAACGUGGAGGUUCUUCAUGGUGGUCUGUGGGUUACAUUAUGUGGUCGUGUUUGGGAUAUGAAAGAUGCUGCGGUGGUGUGUAGAGAGAUGGGCUGUGGAGAGCCUCUGGGUACUGCUCACUUUGGUCAAGGAUCAGGACCAAUAUGGACAGAAGAAAUGCAAUGCAAUGGAUCAGAGUCGACAUUGAAGAACUGUGGAUUAAGUGGAUCGGCUGUUCAGUAUUGUGGUCAUGAUCAUGAUGCUGGAGUAAUUUGCUCAAAAUUGAAUGUGAGGUUGGUGAAUGGUGGCAGUCGUUGUUCUGGUAGAGUUGAGGUUCUUCAUGAUGGUCAGUGGGGAACAGUGUGUUAUGAUGAGUGGGAUCUGAGAGAUGCUGCAGUGGUGUGUAAAGAGGUGAACUGUGGAGAGGCUGUAAAGGUGCUAUAUGGAGCUCACUACGGACCAGGAUCAGGACCAAUCUGGAUGGAUGAAGUGGACUGUAAUGGAUCAGAGUCCACACUGGAGAACUGUAGAUCAAGUGAAUGGGGUGUUAGUGAUUGUACUCAUGAUAAAGAUGUUGGAGUUAUCUGCUCAGAUUUGAUUGUGAGGUUGGUGAAUGGUAGCAGUCCUUGUGCUGGUAGAGUUGAGGUUCUUCAUGGUCGUCAGUGGGGAACAGUGUGUGACUAUAAUUGGGAUCUGAGAGAUGCUGCAGUGGUGUGUAGAGAGCUGGGCUGUGGAGAGGCUGUACAGGUGUUACAUGGAGCUCACUUUGGAGAAGGAUCAGGACAAAUCUGGAAGGAUUAUGUGCGAUGUGUUGGAUCAGAGUCCACAUUGAAGAACUGUAGAUCAAAUGAAUGGGGUGUUCAAUAUUGUACUCAUAUUCGUGAUGCUGGAGUCAUCUGUUCAGGUGAGCAUGACAUCAACAAUGGAUGGUCAAGACUUGUUGCUGGUUCUCAUUUGUGCUCUGGUAGAGUUGAGAUGGCUCGUGGGAACACCUGGAUGUCAGUGUGUGAUGCUGUGUUUGAUGAUCAGGAUGCAGAGGUUGUGUGUAGAGAGCUGAACUGUGGGGUUCCUGUACAGCUGCUGGGUGCAGAUACUUUUGGUAAAGGAGAGGAGCAGGUGUGGACACAAGAGAUUCAAUGUAGAGGAGAUGAAUCUCAAAUUAACUUCUGUCCACAACAAUCUUCAUACAAGAAAAACUGUUCACAUGACAAUGAUGUGGGACUGAUUUGCUCUGGUUACACAGCACAGAGACUGAUGAACGGCUCUGAUAUCUGCUCUGGUCGAGUUGAGCGUCAGUAUUUCAGUAAAUGGGGCUCAGUGUGUGAUGAGUGCAUGAAUAUGAGAGCUGCCAAUGUUCUCUGUAGAGAGCUGAAUUGUGGGAUUGCUGUGUCUGUUGUGGGAGUGGACUGGUUUGGAGAGGGAUCUGGUGAAAUCUGGGCUGAUGUGUUUGAUUGUCAGGGGAAUGAAACAAAACUCUCAGAAUGUUCAAUCUCUUCAUGGAGUCGAGCUGAAUCCUCUCAUAAACAAGAUGUUGGAGUCAUUUGUUCUAAUUCCUCUCUGUCUCUUCAUGAUGGUCGAGUGAGGUUGUCUGGAGAGAGAGAGUGUGAGGGUGAGGUGGAAGUUUACAUUCAUCAGGUUUGGAGGAGAGUUCUGCUGGACUCCUGGAGUCUCACUGAAUCCUCUGUGGUCUGCAGACAGCUGGGCUGUGGCUCUGUGCUAAACUUCACUAACUCCUCUUCAUCCAGUGAUGAACACAGUUAUGAGUGUGUGAUGGGCUUCCAGUGCUCUGGGACUGAAGAUCAUCUGAGGAACUGCAGCUCUCCACAAACUCUCAACUGCAGCACAACACAACAGCUGGCAAUCACCUGCCAAAGUCAGCGAGCCAUCAGGUUGGUGGGUUCUGGUACAGAUUGUGCAGGAAGGCUGGAGGUUUUUCACAAAGGCUCAUGGGGUACAGUGUGUGAUGACUUCUGGGAUAUUAAAGAUGCUCAUGUGGUGUGCAGACAGCUGCAGUGUGGAGUGGCUCUCAGUAAUCAGCCAGUACCAGCCUGGUUUGGUCCUGGUUCUGGACCCAUAUGGCUGGAUGAUGUGAACUGUGAGGGGAAUGAGACGUCACUGUGGAGCUGCUCUUCACGGGUCUGGGGAGAUCAUGACUGUAAACACAAGGAGGAUGUAGGAGUUGUGUGCUCAGAGUUUAAAGAGUUCAGGUUAACUGAAGGCUGUGAAGGGAAUGUGGAGGUUUUCUACAAUGGAUCUUGGGGUAAUGUUUGCUACAAUCAGAUGAACAAAGACACAGCGAGUCUGAUCUGUCAAGAGCUGAAUUGUGGAAGAUCUGCCAGUGAACCCAAUUAUGCAGAUGCAUUGAGGUCUCAGAAUUGGCUAAAUAAACUAAAAUGUAGAUCACACGACUCUAACCUAUGGCAGUGUCCAUCUUUACCCUGGGGAAUAAAUGACUGUGGUCACAAUGAUUCUGUUAAAAUCACCUGUUCAGGUAAGAAAGUAUUUACCAGAUGUAAGAUUAUUUUUUUAUUUCCAUACCAAAGACAAUGUUCAAAUCAUCUUCCUCUCAGACUGAGUGGAGGGAAGGGUUUGUGUUCGGGGAGACUGGAGGUUUAUCAUAACUCUGUGUGGGGUUCAGUCUGUGAUGAUCUGUGGGACAUCAGAGAUGCUCAGGUGGUCUGCAGGCAGCUGGGUUGUGGAGCAGCAUUGAGUGUUGAUGGGAAUGAAGCGUUUGGUGCUGGUGAAGGUGUUGUGUGGAUGAACAGAGUCGAGUGCAGAGGGACUGAGAUUCACCUGUGGGACUGUCCUCAUGUCCUGAAAAAUCACACUGACUGCUCACACAAAGAACAAGUUAGACUCAACUGUGCAAAUUUGAAUAUGAGGUUGGUGAAUGGUAGCAGUCGUUGUUCUGGUAGAGUUGAGGUUCUUCAUGAUGGUCAAUGGGGAACAGUGUGUGGUCGUCUGGGUUGGGAUCUGACAGAUGCUGCAGUGGUGUGUAGAGAGGUGAACUGUGGAGAAGCUGUACAGGCUACAUAUUAUGCUUACUUUGGAGAAGGAUCAGGACCAAUCACAAUGGCUCUUGUGGAGUGUAGUGGAUCAGAGUCCUCACUGAAGAACUGUAGAUCAGAUGACUGGUUUAUUCAGUACUGUUCUCAUUCUGGUGAUGCUGGUGUGAUCUGCUCAGAAAUCAUAAACUAUGGAAGGUUUGCAAGACUUGUUAAUGGACCUCAUCUGUGUUCUGGGAGAGUCGAGCUGCUUCGUGGGAACACCUGGAUGUCAGUGUGUGAUGCUGUGUUUGAUGAUCAGGAUGCAGAGGUUGUGUGUAGAGAGCUGAACUGUGGGGUUCCUGUACAGCUGCUGGGUGCAGAUACUUUUGGUAAAGGAGAGGAGCAGGUGUGGACACAAGAGAUUCAAUGUAGAGGAAAUGAAUCUCAAAUAUACUUCUGUCCACAUCAAUCUUCAAACAAGAACAACUGUUCCCAUGAUAAUGAUGUGGGAGUGAUUUGCUCUGCUUACACAAAGGUCAGAUUGGUGAACGGCUCUGAUAUCUGCUCUGGUCGAGUUGAGCGUCAGUAUUUCAGUAAAUGGGGCUCAGUGUGUGAUGAGUGCAUGAAUAUGAGAGCUGCCAAUGUUCUCUGUAGAGAGCUGAAUUGUGGGAUUGCUGUGUCUGUUGUGGGAGUGGACUGGUUUGGAGAGGGAUCUGGUGAAAUCUGGGCUGAUGUGUUUGAUUGUCAGGGGAAUGAAACAAAACUCUCAGAAUGUUCAAUCUCUUCAUGGAGUCGAGCUGAAUCCUCUCAUAAACAAGAUGUUGGAGUCAUUUGUUCUAAUUCCUCUCUGUCUCUUCAUGAUGGUCGAGUGAGGUUGUCUGGAGAGAGAGAGUGUGAGGGUGAGGUGGAAGUUUACAUUCAUCAGGUUUGGAGGAGAGUUCUGCUGGACUCCUGGAGUCUCACUGAAUCCUCUGUGGUCUGCAGACAGCUGGGCUGUGGCUCUGUGCUGAACUUCACUAACUCCUCUUCAUCCAGUGAUGAACACAGUUAUGAGUGUGUGAUGGGCUUCCAGUGCUCUGGGACUGAAGAUCAUCUGAGGAACUGCAGCUCUCCACAAACUCUCAAAUGCAGCACAACACAACAGCUGGCAAUCACCUGCCAAAGUCAGCGGUCCAUCAGGUUGGUGGGUUCUGGUGGAGAUUGUGCAGGAAGGCUGGAGGUUUUUCACAAAGGCUCAUGGGGUACAGUGUGUGAUGACUUCUGGGAUAUUAAAGAUGCUCAUGUGGUGUGCAGACAGCUGCAGUGUGGAGUGGCUCUCAGUAAUCAGCCAGUACCAGUCUGGUUUGGUCCUGGUUCUGGACCCAUAUGGCUGGAUGAUGUGAACUGUGAGGGGAAUGAGACGUCACUGUGGAGCUGCUCUUCACGGGUCUGGGGAGAUCAUGACUGUAAACACAAGGAAGAUGUAGGAGUCGUGUGCUCAGAGUUUAAAGAGCUCAGGUUAACUGAAGGCUGUGAAGGGAAUGUGGAGGUUUUCUACAAUGGAUCUUGGGGUAAUGUUUGCUGGAAUCAGAUGGACAGAGACACAGCAAGUCUGAUCUGUCAAGAGCUGAACUGUGGAAAAUCUGUUGGUGAACUAAUUUAUUCAGAUGGACUGAGGUCUUACAGUUGGUUGGAUUACUUAAAAUGUCGAUCACAUGACUCCACUUUAUGGCAGUGUCCAUCUUCACCCUGGGGACAGAAUCACUGUAAUGAAGAUGAAGUGGCAAAAAUUUUCUGCUGGGAUAAAACAAUUAAUUCCUCUACCAAUGAAGAAGAAGUUAACAGUGGUGAUUAUGAAUAUAAUGUUGAUUAUGACGUCACGAACAAAGAGAAUGAAAUCCAAGAGUCACCCCGGAGUCAUCUGACAUGUUAUACCUCACCAUCCCCUCACCAGAGACAAUGUUCAAAUGAUCUUCCUCUCAGACUGAGUGGAGGGAAGGGUUUGUGUUCGGGGAGACUGGAGGUUUAUCAUAACUCUGUGUGGGGUUCAGUCUGUGAUGAUCUGUGGGACAUCAGAGAUGCUCAGGUGGUCUGCAGACAGCUGGGUUGUGGAGCAGCAUUGAGUGUUGAUGGGAAUGAAGCGUUUGGUGCUGGUGAAGGUGUUGUGUGGAUGAACAGAGUCGAGUGCAGAGGGACUGAGAUUCACCUGUGGGACUGUCCUCAUGUCCUGAAAAAUCACACUGACUGCUCACACAAAGAACAAGUUAGACUCAUCUGUGCAGACUUGUCAGUGUCUACAACUCCUGCCACAACAAAAACAUCAGCGUCUCCUUCAGUUUCUCCGACAAACAGGAGAUCAGUGACUCCUCCACAAACUCCUCCUCUCUUCAAUCCUCCAGUGGUUGUGAUUGUACUGGGAGUUUUGCUCUUACUGCUCUUAGUGCCGCUGCUGAUACUGAUUCAACACAACAGAGAGAUGAGGAGAGAAUACAUAACUGAAUAUGAUAAUUAUGUCCCCACUGACAGUGGUAUAAAAAGUCAGUAA